AUGUACAACGUCACCACGGAUGUCCCACCACUGCCCGACGUGUCCAAACAAGACACACAUACCGACAUCAAGACUCUCAACGCUAGCUAUGCCACAGGCGCCACGAAGGACCUACAGACACGCAAGUCUCUGCUGAAAGCGCUCCAGCGUCUCGUGAACGAGAAUGAGGCGAUUAUUACGGAGGCCGUGUGGAAAGAUCUACAUAAACAUCCGAUGGAACUUUUAGCUACGGAGAUAUGGCAACUGAAGUCCGAGAUCCAGGAUUUUCUCGACUACGUGGACGAAUGGGCGAAGCCGAAACGUAAAUCUACUAAUGUCACUAAUCUUCCAGGAUUGUUCUAUGUUCGACCCGAACCUUUAGGUGUUGUGUGUAUCAUUGGUACGUGGAACUACCCAGUGUACCUCCUGCUAAUGCCAUUGGUAGCAGCUUUAGGAGCGGGUAACUGUGUCAUCGUGAGACUACCAGGAGACGAUACGACACGGUACUUGAACAAUGUAUUGAUUCAAUUGUUUGACAAGUACAUGGACAAACGCUACGUGCGUGUGGUAUACGGAGGAGUGGAGGAGACAAAGAAGAUGUUGCAAGAACGCUUCGACCUUAUUUUCGCCACGGGUGGUAACUUUUUGGGCAAAAUUGUGGCUCAGGCUGCAGCGCAGCACUUGACGCCGACGGUACUGGAGCUCGGAGGUAAAUCUCCUUGUAUCGUUGACAGUACAGCUGAUCUUGAGUUGGCUGCAAAGCGUAUUGCAUGGGGGGCUUUCGUUAAUGCUGGACAAACUUGUGUUCGUCCGGAUUAUCUGCUGGUGGACACCAAAGUGGGAGAUCAGUUUGUUAAACUUCUGGAAAAGGAAAUGGCGGCACAGUACGGCGGAGAGGAUGUGAAGGAGUCAGAUAGCUAUGGCCGUGUCAUUAACAAACGCAUGUACGACCGCGUGGUGCGCAUUCUGGAGAAAGACCGCAAAUAUGUGACGCACGGUGGUGAGACCGACGACAAGCAGCGUUUUAUUUCACCAACACUAUUGAAUUUCCGCACAGAGCUCAACUUGUUUUUGAGUAGCGCUUCAAUGAGUGAAGAGAUUUUUGGUCCGCUAUUGCCGAUCUAUUACUACGGCACUGGUGAUUUGGAUGAGCCCAUUAACUUUGUCACGGCGCGGGAAAAACCGCUUGCGCUAUACCACUUCAGCUCCAAUUGCAAGAACAAGGAGCGCGUAGUGAAUGAAACAUCGGCCGGCAGCAUGGUUUUGAAUGAUGUGAUGAUGCAACUAUUGAACCCAAGCGUACCUUUUGGAGGUGUAGGCAACUCUGGCAUGGGAGCUUACCAUGGUCACUACGGCUUCGAGGCCUUCUCGCACAACAAGACGGUUCUUUACAAGAACGGUCUAUUGGACCUUCCACAGCGUUAUCCUCCAUAUACGCCUGCAAAGGAGCGCAUCCUGGGCAUUGUCACGUACCCAUACACCCGAUUUCACAUGCGGUUGCUAACGUCGUUUGGCGUCGCUGCAAUACUUGCAAUAGUUGCGAUCAUUGCCAAGUACUUUGUCUAA